GCAUAUGCUGCCUUUAUAGAGCUAUGACUCCCUGGGUAGUGGGACAGUGCAAGUCCUUGCAGAUCUUGCUGCCGUGCUGGGCUUGCUCUUGCUGAGCAAUUAUUUCCACCAUAUGUGCUAGCUCAAGCACAGCCCUGAGCUUUGUGCCCUGCUGCCAAAGGCAGGUCACCGAAAGCUCCAACCCCUGGUCACGCCUGGAGCAUUUCCCAUCAGUGUCCGUGGCAGUUGAGCUGAAUAAGCCCAAAUCUCAGGCUCCGGAUUGUAGGCCUGAACUUGCCUCUGUUGUUCAGUGUCUAGUUGACGGCCCUAGCUUGAACCCACUCUUGGUGCAAACAGAAGCAUGCCAUAAAGUACCAGGCUGACCAGCGGUUGUAUUGAGGCUUUAGCUGACAGUUGAUCCCACCGAGAGCUCAAAAUGUAUCCCUUGUGCUUGAACCCUUCACUUGGCCAAAUUUUGGGGGAAAAAAACCUAUUGCAGGUUGAUACAGAUGGAAUAGGGAGUGUGUCUGUGGCCAGAUGUGGUGCGUGCUGUGUGUCAGAGGUGGGGACAACCAAGAGGUCUCCCCACCAGCCCCUAACUGAGGUGUGCCUUUCCCUUGCAGCCCACACGCUCGUCUGCUUUUCGUGCUCGGAUGCAUCCUCCAACUGGGCCUGCCUGAAGCCCGUCAAGUGCGGGGAGAAUGAAAACCACUGCGUGACGACGUACGUCGGAGUGGGAAUCGGCAGCAAGUCUGGCCAGUCCAUCUCCAAAGGAUGCUCACCUAUUUGCCCCAAAGGCGGGAUUAACCUCGGCAUAGCGGCUGCCUCCGUUUACUGCUGCGACUCCUUCCUCUGCAACAUCAGCGGUUCCAGCAGCGUGAAAGCCAGCUACGCGGUCCUGGCCUUGGGUGUCCUCGUCAGCUUCAUCUACGUCCUCAGGGCUCGCGAGUGAUGGGGCUGGCGGAGGAAGAGCCGUCUUCCACGGGCUGUUGCAGGUCUCAUUAGCCAAUAUCUUCUCUGUCGCUGUCUGCAAGGAGAUCCUCUACUUCUCAGCAGGCUUCCAAGGUGGUCGUUUCCCAGACUUUAUGCUCUUCCAGCAUUGGAGACCUGAGCAGUUUGGCCAAGCUGUUCUCCUUCUGUGGACAUACCCCACUGCACUCUCACACCUCCUUGGCAAAGGUGAAUCAUUUUGGAAGGGUUUCUGCUUUUAUACCUAAUACCCUCCCCCCUCGUUUCUAAGGUUGGUUAAAACAAGGCUGGGACUUGCCGAGAACCGAUUAACCCCAGAUACCACCCGGUCAAGUGUUCAGACGUUCCUGCCUCUCUCCUCCGUGGAGGUGCCUGGCACCGGUGUGUCCCCAGCACAUGGGUGGUCCGGGCACCGGGAAUGCAUGACCCGAAGGGAGACACAUUCCCAGCCCCUACAGCUGUG